AUUUUCAAUAAUGUGAUCCCUUCUCCGUUGUUAAUCUUAGUUUAUAACCAAGAAAAAAGAUUUGUGGAAGCUCAAAUGCCGUAUCCAAAACACCAACAGACUCCCUUCACCGAGAAAUUGGAUUUAUCAUCCAAAAUUUAAUGAAACUGUCAAGACCAUUUUCGUCCACCUCCUUCCCUCUCCAAAAAGCAGCUCCAUACUUGAACAGUUCAAACUCCAUUGCGUCCGCCAAAGAGCUUCAUGCUCAUCUCAUCAGAACUCAAAAAUAUUCCGACCCUUUUGCUAUUUCACACGUUAUUAGAUUAUACUCUCUUUUUCCGACGUCUCUACACAAAGCCCUUGUUGCUUUUAAUCAAACUGAACGACCAACAUUGCCAAUUUGGAAUUACAUGAUUCGUGGUUUGUCUAAGAGUGAUCGACCCAUUGAAGCACUCCACAUGUAUGUCAGAAUGCGUCAACAAGGAUUCCCUGGAAAUAACCUCACUUUCAUUUUCAUCUUUAAGGCUUGUGUACAGCUUUCCGAUAUUGUACUUGGACAGGCAGUUCAUGUUAAUGUUCUGAAACUUGGGUAUCAGUCCUACUUGUAUGUGUGUAAUGCUUUGAUUUAUACGUAUGGUUCGUGUGGUGAUCUAGUUGGUGCUGGAAAGGUGUUUGAUCGAAUGUCUGAGAGAGACUUAGUAUCAUGGAACUCAUUGAUUUGUGGGUAUAGUCAAUGUUAUAAAUAUCAUGAAGUAUUGGGUCUUUUUGCUUCUAUGCAGGCAGAAAAUGUGAAGGCGGACGCAGUGACAUUGGUGAAAGUAGUGCUAGCUUGUAGCUAUUUAGGGGAUUUUGACACGGCGGAUUUUGUGGCGAAGUAUAUAAGGGAUAGUUGUGUGAGAAUUGAUGUAUACUUGGGGAAUACAUUGAUUGAUAUGUAUGGUAGGCGUGGAUUAGUUAUCUUAGCUGAUGAAGUUUUUACUAAGAUGAAGGAGAAAAAUGUGGUUUCAUGGAAUGCCAUGAUAAUGGGGUAUGCUAAAGCAGGGGAUUUAAUGGCUGCACGGAAACUUUUUGAUAAGAUGCCCAACAGAGAUGUCAUUUCUUGGACUUCUAUGAUCACAGGAUAUUGCCAAGCUAAUCGAUUUUCAGAUGCUAUUGCACUUUUCCAAGAAAUGAUGGCAAUUAAGGUUAAGCCUGAUGAAGUCACAGUCGCUAGUGUGCUUUCUGCUUGUGCACAUUUAGGUAUAUUUGAUGUGGGUAAGGCAGUACAUGAAUAUGUUCAUCAGCAUGACAUUAAAAUGGAUAUUUACGUGGGGAAUGCACUGGUGGAUAUGUACUGCAAAUGUGGAUCCGUUAAUACAGCCUUGGAAGUGUUUUUGAGCAUGAGCAAAAAGGAUACUGUUUCUUGGACUUCAAUGAUCUCUGGCCUUGCAGUGAAUGGCUUUCAUGAUAAUGCUAUUCAGCUCUUCUCGCAGAUGUUAGGAGAAGGUUGUAAGCCAACUCAUGGUACUUUUGUUGGCGUACUACUUGCUUGUGCUCAUGCAGGUUUGGUGGACAAAGGUUUGGAAUACUUCGAGAGCAUGAAAAAACGUCACGGAUUGGUCCCAGAAAUGAAGCAUUAUGGAUGUGUUGUUGAUUUGUUGUGCCGAUCUGGUAAUUUAAAUAGAGCAUUUGAGUUUCUAAAUCUUAUGCCUAUGGUGGCAGAUGUGGUUUUGUGGAGAAUGUUGCUUAGUGCUUGUAAACUUCACGGUAAUGUGGUUCUUGCUGAAAUCGCUGCGAACAAACUUCUUCAAUUAGAUCCUGAUAAUGGUGGUAAUUAUGUUCUGUCAUCAAGCACUUACGCCACUGCAGAGAGAUGGGACGAUGCAAUGAAAAUAAGACGAUUGAUGGAUGAGGGCGCAGUACAGAGGCCACUAGGCUGGAGUUCAAUUGAAGUAGAUGCGUCUAGCAUUCAAUGAACCAUGUCUUGAAAAUGUAAAGUACCUGAAACAAAGGCUUCCUUCACAUGGUACUAUUUGCAUAGAUUAUCACGAUAUCCAGCAUACCAGUUACGUGAAACUGAAGUGAAUAUCAUGUGCCCUUUUGUAUAAAGAAAAGCUUAGUAUGAGUUGCCAACUUACGCAUGAGUUUGGUUGACUCUUCUUCAGCACUAUAAAGAUGAAGGUCCCAAUAAGGAUACAGGUUGCUGUUAGACACCUAAAGAACAUAUUAAAUUUGAUCGUGAAGUACAAAAUUGUAUUUAUGAUCUCUUCUUCCUUGGGGUAUAGAUGGUUGUUGUAACUAGUACGUGUUAUAUUUACCAGUCUUCUGCUCUUUGUAUUUUUAAAACUCAAGUUACUAUUGCCUCUGUGCUGCAUCUAGCAUUUUAAAAUUGGAGUGAUGAUCGGAGGCUCAGAACAUAGUGCUUAGAAGACUUCGAAUGUAGCUUUAGCAGCAGAAUUGCAAGGAUUAAGCUUCCAUCUGGAUCCAAGAAGAUUGUGCCCAGUGGAUGUCGAGCCAUGAUUGGUCAGGUUGCCGGUGGAGGAA